AUGGCUCACCAGUGUAUGUGCUGAGAGAAUUGUUGUUGUACUAGCCAAUAUCCUUCUGGGUGGCUUUGCGAUGGCAUGGACUGUGAGAAGGAAGGAACAGAAGCAAAUCGGCCUCAUCAGCUCCUUUUUCUGUUGAUGGCACUAAUGCCGCCAGGUGUAUAUCUUCGGUCCAGUAUACCUGAAGGAGCGUCUCCACCCCCAUCGUUCUGCCCGGACACUGAGGUCCAGCGCCGAGGGCCUUCUGGCGGUUCCCUCACUGCGAGAAGCAAAGCUACAGGGAACCAGGCAGAGGGCCUUCUCGGUAGCGGCACCUGCCCUGUGGAACGCCCUCCCAUCAGAGAAGCACUGGAGAUAAAAUGCUGCUCUCUGAACCCUGGGCAUCCAAGCUAUUAUAAACGAAGCAAGAUUUAUUCUAGAGAGCUGGAACGGAUACGUCACUUCUUCUAUCCUCUCUGACUGACAGAAAAUCUCCUUGGGGCAAAAGCAGGCAGGAAACAGUAAGCAUUCGCUGAUUGACAAAGAGAUAGACCAUCCUAGGAUCAUGGCCUCCGCUCUCUCUAGUGCAUCCAGGACCCUUGACUCCUCUGCAGACUCCAGCUGGAAUCCGAAAUUCCCCAAACCAUUUGCUUGGGGCGCAGCCACAGCAGCAUACCAGGUGGAAGGAGGCUGGGAUGCAGAUGGAAAAGGCCCCAGCGUUUGGGACACGUUCACCCAUCAGGGAGGAGAUCGGGUUUUCAAGAACCAGACUGGUGAUGUAGCUUGUGGCAGCUAUACUCUGUGGGAGGAAGAUUUGAAAUGUAUCAAACAGCUUGGAUUGACUCAUUAUCGCUUCUCUCUUUCCUGGUCACGUCUGUUACCUGAUGGGAAGACAGGUUUCAUCAACCAGAAAGGAGUUGAAUAUUAUGACAAAAUGAUCGAUAGUCUACUAGCAAACGACGUGACUCCUGUGGUCACCCUGUAUCAUUUCGACCUUCCGCAGCGUUUAGAAGAUCAAGGGGGCUGGAGAUCAGGGGCCACGGUGGAAGCCUUUGAUAGUUAUGCCCAGUUUUGCUUCAGAACCUUUGGGGACAGAGUAAAGUUGUGGAUCACCAUUAAUGAGCCGUAUGUUAUGGCUGAGCUCGGCUACGAAGAAGGUAUAAUGGCCCCAGGUAUUACGGAGCUUGGCACCGGAGCAUACCUGGCCGCUCACAACAUGAUCAAAGCUCACGCUGCAGCCUGGCACACUUACGAUAGGCUAUUUCGGAAAACACAGGGCGGACUUGUGUCUAUAGCGCUCAACUCGGAUUGGGCAGAACCCUUUGAUCCGAAUUCCGUUGCUGACCAGGAAGCUGCUAAGAGGCACGUGGCGUUUUGCCUGGAUUGGUUCGCUACCCCGAUCUUCCUCAGUGGCGACUAUCCAGCCAUCAUGAAAUCCCAGGUUUCUGCUGCGUGUAAGAGGCAAGGUUCUCCAUCGUCGAGGCUUCCGGAAUUUACCGAGGAAGAAAAGAUGAUGAUCAAGGGCACUGCUGACUUUUUCUCUCUAAAUUACUACACUUCCCGUAAAAUUAAGCACCGAGAUAAUACGCGUAGCCCACCGAGUAUGUCUGCGGACAAGGAAGCGGAGCAAGUAACAGAUCCAUCCUGGCCUGUAGCAACCGGCAGUUCUUGGCUGGCUGUUGUUCCAUGGGGUUUACGCCGCCUGUUGAAAUACAUUAAGGAUACAUAUAAUCACCCUAUAAUUUACAUCACUGAGAACGGGUUUUCCCAAAGUGACCCUGCUGCUCUCGAUGACACUCAGCGCUGGGAGUAUUUUAGGCUGACUUUACUGGAGAUUUUAAAAGCAAUCUACGUUGAUGGCGUCCAACUGAAAGGCUACUUCGUGUGGUCCCUUUUGGACAACUUUGAGUGGACUUGCGGAUACAGAUCUCGCUUUGGACUCUUCCAUGUGGACUUCGAAAAUCCGGCUCUCCCUCGAGUUCCUUACAAAUCGGCCAUUGAAUACGCCAAAGUUGUUGCCAACAAUGGACUGAUGAAAGCACGUGGUUGACGACUGUCCGUUAAUACCAUAAGUUGGCCACUUAAGAGAGAAGCACAUGCUGUGAAAUUGUCAAAAUUAAACCAAGCUGAAUUUUGAUUUCCAAUAACUAUUUCUCAAAAGUGCAAACAACAGAAGCAGAAAUCAGAGCAAUGACUACACAGAAAGGGGAAGUGAACCUAUAACAUUUUAAAGUUUGAAUUUAAAAUAAAUAAAUACGAAAUAAAUACAAAUAAAACAAAUAAAUACAAGAUAUUAAUAUUUUCUGAAUUGUUUAAAAUAAUUUUGACUUAAGUGAUUCAGAGAGUGAUGUCAUAUAUUAUACAGCACCAAAUGUUGGGUUGCUAUCAUGUGGGCACAUGUCUGGAAGUCUGGGAGUCGCAGCCAAAGUAGCUGCCUUAGAAACACACACAAAUGAGCUACUCUUUCUUCUUUCCUAUCGCAGUGAAUGGGAUAGUUUGAUGCUUAUUCAUUUUCUUGGCCAUCUGUUUGUCUGACAUAGAGGAAGCACAUUUGGUGGACUGUUCAGUAUCUGUCUACUUAUACACAGCCAGAUUCCUGAAGAGCACACUUUUUCAGAACUACAGAAUUACUGUAUGUAUUUGUCAGUUUUAGGUUCUGGUCCUAAGAGAAGCUAAAUAAUGCUUUACCAAUGAAACAUCCUAUUAAGUGAUCUGCAUUUUCCUGAAUGGAGAGCACCUUCUGGCCUCCUGCACUGGGCAGAAAUUCAAUAGCCAAAAGCAAGCAACUUGUCCAUGUAAAUUAAACAGGUGCUAUAUGAAGAGAACUCUUUAAAAAGCAAAUCUUUGCUCAAGCUAGGGGUUGGGAAGAAAUUGGAUUUAGUUUAAAUUUAUAGGCAAACCUACUUAAUUAAUAUUUUCUGAAACUGUACAUGAACUGAAACAACCAACCUUUGAAAUUCGCGCAGCUUUGAAUUUUGCGGUGCAGUUCUCUAGUCUAAUAAUAAUAAUAAUAAUUUAUUCAUAUGCCACCUUCCCCCCUGACAAGACUAAAGGCAGCUUGAACAUUAAAAUUCAACUAAAUAUUGAUCCCACAUCUCUACACAGUCUGAGCUUUCAUACAUUUGCCUGAAGUGACGCUCCCACUCUACAGGUGAAAUUGGUUGUUCAGGCAUUGUAGGACUGCUCUUGCUGCUGGACACCAUUUUCCAAAAUAGUGACCAAUUUUUCCCUAUUGUUGCUUGAAUGAGCCGGGCCCACAUAGCCAUCAUUGCCUCUUUCUUUUUCUGUUUUAAUAUCACUAGCUAAAGAGGAUCCAGUGAUAUUAACUGCUGUAGUCUACCUCCCUAAGUAGUAAUACUCAUUUUAAUUAGUUUUCUUUUAACCAAUUGUUAAAACUUAUACUUAUUGUCUAUUUUUAGAUAUUCUUGUCUUCUUUUAUUGUUUUUAUGUAUUGUAUAUUUAUGUGUGCUGGUCAAGAACCGUAACAAUAAAUCAAAUCAAAUCAGUUUAAACAAAUUAUGUACACAAAAAUGCAUAUAUUGGUGAAAAUAACUUAGAAAAAUGUGUAUAUUAGGAGAAAUUUGCACUAAAAUACUGGUGAGUUUUCAUGAGGAUUCUUUAAAAAAGAAAUCACAAACUGCGAUGGAAUUGUGGAGAAUUGAACAGAACUGAACUGGAAAAGCGAGACACUGAGAAAACCUGAAAUGGACAGAUUAACUUGUUCCUAACCCCAAAUGAUCCAGUUUUAAUGCCUGCCUCCCCAAAAAAUGAAUUCCGUGAGCUAUAUACUGCAAUUUUGCAGAAUUUCUUGAAUUUACACGAUCUGAUUUGCAGAUUAAAAAAAACAAAACAUUUUGCAUCUUACUGUGAUUUCAUUGACCAUGCCUAGGGGCAAGGAGGCAUGUGGAACACUGAAACCUCAGCCCAACCCCCGGAAACCUUUCCCAGCUAGCCAAAAUUCAGAUUUCUGAGAUUUCAGCACUUCGGUUACAAGCCUAUUUUUUGCCAGACACAAGGGCUGAAAACAUGCUGGAGUUAAAAAUAAAAAAGCAAGCAAGAAGAAGUUCUCAGGAAGCUGACUUCUGCACUUUCCCUGUGCUCCCGCAGGAAGACAGAAUACAUACCUCCCUGACAAUGCCACAUUAAAUAGUUAAGAGUCGGAAGGUGCGAGAAGCAUAUGUUUGCCUCUAAGGAAUAAGGUAGAGAAAAGAAACAAACCGGGCCUCAGAGGUGUACCUCCUGAGGCCUUGCUAGUACAAAUUGCUAGCAAAUGAGUUCUGUUCAGAGCUAAUGCUUUUGUUAAGUGCCUCAUUGCGAGGGAGCAACAAGAAGAGCGUGAAUAUACUGCCUGGGAGCUAUUUAAGUUGCUCUCAAGCAAAUGUCAUUUUGAUCAGAACUUGGUUCACAGCAACUGCAGAAUAACUGCAGGGCCAUGUACUCAUGUCAGUGGUUAGCCUGGAAAAAGAAGGCAUUGGAUCUGCGAGCAGAGUGGUGAGAUUGGUGCAGAAAAGGCCACGGACUUGCUUCUUGGGAUAGGGCGGGUACGGUGCUGAGGGCUGGGCCGAAAGCUAGCCCCCCGCCAGAGGAAAGCAUUGUACACUGAGAAACGACCUUCCUUCACCCCAACCCUCCCAGCUGCUCACAGAGGCAAAGUCAAACAGAAAAGUCCUGCGGCAACAAAAGAUCUCUCGCACCAUCCCACCUCCCCAUGCCAACAAUGGGAGAAAAAGAGUUUGAAAGACUCUGUAUACAAAGGAAGCUUUCACAAUAGGAAAAGUAAUCUUAAAAAGUGUUAAAUCUUUCCGAGAUGAAAAAAAAUACACUGCUGAUUGCUUAGAUUUCCCCCCCCCUCAAAAAAUGCUUUUAAAAAAAUGUUCGCUGCUUACAUUCUGCAGCUGUUCACAAAAGGCUAGGAGUCUAAAGUGUAUAAGAUUGCUUGGCUUUGUUCCUCUGUUUUGUGUAAACUCCGCGUCUCCUUUACCUGUGCAAAUGGUACAUCAAGGUGCUCUGCUGGGAUUAAGAUUUUCUUUCACUCCCUUUGACAUGUUGUAUUGGCGGAAGAAUUAAGAGAGAACGUGGCAGCUCUUGGUUUGUACUAAGAGAGUUAAUGCGCACACUUGUGUAUAAUUUCCAUUAUUUUUCAAAGAACAAUACUCUUAUUUUACAGAAGAGGGUAUUGUUUAAUGAACAAGGGUCUUAUGUUCAUCGGGUAUGUACUAUCCCAACAUGAAACACGCCAGUUGCAACUUUCCAUCAGAAUCUUCCAGUACAAACACUUCGGAGUCACCAAGAAAGAGAAGCCAGGAUGGCUUUGCCGAGAGGAGAAGGAGACUCCACCACACUCCUUGGCAGCAAAUUCCACUGUCGAACAGCUCUUACUGUCAGGAAGUUCUUCCUAAUGUUUAGGUGGAAUCUUCUUUCUUGUAGUUCAAAUCCUUAUAUUUUGGCCAGGUUUUUCUGGCGCUGACAAAUUAGACUGUUUGCUUUACUAAACCCCAAAGUGAGUAGCUUUUGUGGUGAUAAACCACAGGAGUGAAGUUUUUGGUAGACAAUUUUUGUCCAGCACUCUUGUGACAAUCUUGCAGCACUAGGGAUAUUAGACCGGGGGAAUUUGAGUUUGUGGCAGAAACUGUGGACAUGCCUUGUGUAGAAGGCCUUGUGUCAUCUGGACACGUCAGGUGUCGGUCUGGGUUUACAGAGACUUCAUCCAGCAGCGUUCAUGCAUGCAUGCCUUCAUGCAGCAGCAAAAAAUGUGAAUGCUAUUCUAGGCUACAUCAGCAAAAGUGUGAUGUCCGGAUUAAGGGAAGUAAUAGUACCAUUCUAUUCUGUGACCAGUUCUGGGCACCACAAUUUAAGAAGGAUAAUCCCGAUUUCUUAUCUGUGUAGACCAGUGGUCCAAACUUUUUUCAAAGAGGGCCAGAUUUGAUGAAGUGAAGGGCCAUGGGGGCCAACCGAAGGGCCAACCAAAGUUUUUGGCCUUUUUUAGGAUUGAAGUUGUUGAGCUUUUUAAAAUAAUUUUACCCCAAAGUUGUUGAGCUUUCUUUAUGAUUUUACCCCAAAAGUUGUUGUUACCUCAGGAAAUAAACUGCCACAGGGGCUGGAUUAAACCGACCGGCAGGCCAGAUUAGGCCCCUGAAACAGACUUUGGAUAUGCCUGGUGUAGACCAUAAUAUAAUAAUUAUGCACUCUUAUCUUCUUCUUAUAUCAAAAGCAACUUGAUUUCCACAUGCCUUUCGUGUUUGUUUGCAGGUAAUUUUUGGCAAUGAAAAUACUAUCGGCUACUCUGGAGUGAAGCAAAAAACAGCCAAGUUGCAUCCAACUGAUAAUAAAGAAAAAGUAAAUAUGUAGGAUUUUAAAAUCUAUUUGGGGUUCUAUGGGGGUUGGACUGGAUGGCCCUUGUGGUCUCUUCCAACUCUAUGAUUCUAUGAUUCUUUUGUAUACUAAUUGUUAGUAACUAAUUGCACUGUAAAGAGUCUUAAAUUGCACAACUUUAAAAUUAAUUUAUGUUUGCGGUUUUAUUUCAUUUGUAUUUUUUAGCAGUCCUCCUGCCCGAGACAUUAGAGUGUGUAUUUAUAAUUCACUUUAUCCUCUUAAAUUGUCAUCCAAGAUCGAAAGGUUUUCUGUCCUUUAAUUAGGACACUGGGUAGAAUAUUAUUUAUCCUAGUGGGCAUAUUUAUAUGUUCUACCAUGGUACAAAUGGGCUAUACAUUUUCCUCUGCAAAGCAGUAUUAAUUCUCACUGUAAAUAAUAUACUCCAGUACAUUUGGUCUAUCAGGUGAAAUAAAUAUUCCAAAUCUGGCAUACAAACCCACUGAAAGUGCAGUGACCAUCUGUACUUCUCUGUUGGGCUUUAAAGGACAACUCUCUCUUCCAAAGUUUUAUAAUACAAAGGGCAAUUCACUAAUUAGCACUGUAAAUUAGUGUUGCCAUGAGGUUAAAUUGGGGGGGAAAACCACCCAGCCCCUGCAGUAUUUCAAUUAAUGUUAUUUUUAAUUGCUUGUAUUAGCAUUUGAGAACAAGAUUGAUUAGCUUUUGACCAUCAAAGAAACAGAACUUGAUGCUGUUAAAUACUGAAUUGGAAGUGGUUAAUUAUACUUAAAAUCCAUAGAUACUGUACAUAUCAAUCUAGAAGGUCAUCAGAGUACAACAGAGUAGGUGUGCAUUUGAACUCUUGUUUUUGUUUUAAAAAAACCUCAGGAACAGAUACAUCUGUUCUCCUAUCUCAGUUGAUAAUAGGAAUUAGCACCUCUGAAAUUCACAUCCAAAACUGUUCUUGUUUACUAAAUUGCUUUUUAGUAAAAGUUUAAAGGAUCUGUUCAUGCUCAAUUUGCCUUGAACACCGCAAGUAAUCAAAACUGUAGCCAGAGACUAGUUCACAAAGCAGGCCUGCGUAGAGCCUCUCUAUGGUCAGAAGCCUCCAUGUGACAGUAGCAGGUAGCGGUUCCGAUAGAUGCCAAUAAAAAAAGAUUAACUCCUGGCAGCACUUAGAUCAUUUUUGCAGCAGAGAAAGGGGAACAAGAACAUUUCCGCAACCAGGGGGAAUUCUUUGCAGCUGGGAGAAGAUUCCAGGAGCUUCCAGAGGGCAAACAAGUAGGCAGAUGGCAGCACACUGAGAAAGGGAUUGCUUUGGACGCUCUAGCUGAUAUAUGUUAAAUCCAAUAGAUGGAGACAUCUGACCAUGCAUGGGGUCUGUUUAGGCCUGCUGAGUGAGUAGGGCCUAAGGCUGUCAGCGUUUGGACUUUUGAAGGACAUCCAAAUAUUUCCUCAGGUAAGCAUAAUGCACAAGUUUAAUUGCAUCCUCGAUUACUGACUUGGGUCCACUGUGGUGCGACUUUCGAACAACGGAGGCACCUUAGGCGCUCCACCAGUGCCUUUGAGAUCAGUUGAAGAGCGGUAUCAAAUGACACGCACACAUUUAAUUUAUCUUGGAGAGGUGGCAUAUGUAAAGCAGAGCUUCAGAAGCAUCUCUAGUCCAGAGGCUAGGAGUUUUAUCUCCACAUUAAGCUCCCGUGUUUGGGAAGACAAAGCAGUGCUUCCCCAACAGAGGAGCUUAAUGUGAAUUUCACUACCAGGACAUAUUUAUGUAGCCACAGAAACACACUCGGGAAAAGUAAAUGUCAUGGAGAUUUCCCCCCCAUAAAAAUAUCAUGCAUACAUCAGCAGGUGCUUAGGAGUUUAACCCAAUGAUGGCCAAACCUGGCCCUCCAGCUGUUUUGGGACUACAAUUCCCAUAAUCCCUGACCACUGGUCCCGUUAGCUAGGGAUGAUGGGAGUUGUAGUACUGAAACAGCUGGAGGGCCAAGUUUGGCCAUCACUGGUUUAACCCAUAGCUGAUGAAGCCCCUUCAGGCGAAACAGGGGAACAUCCAGGAAUCCUUGUCACCAGUGCCAGGUUCUUUUGAAAUUAGAAAAGAAUGUACCACGCCACUGACAAUAUAGGACUUGUGUUUUGUACAUACUGGACUUGGUGGUCAACUGGAAAGCUACAUUUUAAUAUAUUGUGUCACGAUGUUGAUUUUGGCAUUAUAAGAAGCUGUAUCUAAUUUUUGAAAAGCAGUUUUGAGUAAAUAGCUUUGGAAUUGUUACUCUACGGCCUAUUACGUUUAUGUGUUUUUACAAGGUAAGAAAAUGCAAGGGGAACUCCUCCUGUGCUCCUUCUGUGUGGCAUAUCUAGAUUCCAACUCUAUUAUUCUAUAUGGUUGGCAGUUGGUUACUUGCCAUGUGGAAUGACAUACCCAUUUGCAUAUAAUCCAUAUCUGUAUUCUAGUAAACAGACAGAGCUGAGGUUUAGGUCCACCACGGACAGCCACCCAGUUCCAAAGUAGUGAUGAAGCUAUAACAAACCCCAGGAUAUGCCAUACAGUAUCUAUAUCUCUGAAAGAAUGUAGGGCACAUCCCUUCUACAGCUGUAAUUUCAUAGCAUCUAGAGCUUGAAUGAGCACAUGUUAAGCCAAAAAGUUUAUUAUUAUUAUUAAUUGAAUUUGAUUAUGUUUUGAGGAGGCUGUGCCUACAACUCUCCUCAGGCAAAUUGAAAUUGGAAAUGAGAAAUUCAGUGGAAAAAUAUAGGAAGAAAUAUCCUCAUUAAUAAGAAAUCACACACCAUUUAGAAGGGCAAGAAUUCACAUGGAACUUACCUUAUGCCUACUAAGUGACGAAUUUAUUAAGUGAAAUAAGGUUUGAAAUAAAGAUUGCCAACAUCCCCCUCCCCACCCAAACCAUGCUUUUUAAUAGGGUUGCCAAAUUUUACUGACUGCUUCUGCUUCUUUGCCUAUAAUAACCAGUUCAUCGGUUGCCAUGUUGGUUCCGUGGCCUAUUUCGCCCUUUCCGUGCCUCUCAAAUUAUUUUUACUGAUUUCUGUGAUUUCUUUUCCCUGUUUCCUUUUGCGCCUAACUGUAAGCUCUUCAGGGCUGAGGCCUGGUUUGUGAAUGUCUUGUCCUGCAGCAACAGACCUCUAAUACUUUCAGAAACUGAGAUUAUCUGGAAACAAGUUUCCUAGCAACUGAGAAUAAGUAAGCCAAUUAACUAACGUUGGCCACAAAAAUGCAUUUUUAAUAAAAACUACAAACAUGUUGUACUACUCUUAGAUAAAAGCACAUACAGUAGUACCUUGGUUUAAGUACACAAUUGGUUCCAGAAGUCUGUACUUAACCUGAAGCGAACUUUCUCAUUGAAAGUAAUGGAAAGUGGAUUAAUCCAUUCUAGACUGUCCACAGAGUACUUAACCUAAAGCAUACUUAACCCGAAAUAUGAGUGUAAUUGGUUCUGGAAGUCCGUACUUAACCUGAAGCAUACUUAACUUGAAGCGAACUUUCCCAUUGAAAGUAAUGGAAAGUGGAUUAAUCUGUUCCAGACGGGUCCGCGGAGUACUUAAACUGAAAGUACUCAAACCGAAGCGUACUUAAACCGAGGUAUGACUGUACUAGACAUUCCUGUUGACCUAACACAACAAAUUGUUUCUCAAAAGACACAGUACAUGUGGGCAAGUAUUUCAGGAAAAACUACCCCAACAAAGUCAGUGCAGACCACUUUCCAACACGUUGGUGUCUUUCAUCAACACCCAAACAAGCAGUUUCAAAUCACUCUACUAAACAAUUUUAUAAUUAUAAACCGUAUAAUACUCCACCUUUUUUUGAAAAUGUCUAAUCAGCUGGCAUACUCAAAAGAAAGACCUAUUGAGCUAAGUGGAACUUAUUCUCUGGUAAGUGAAUAUAGCAUUACGAUGUUAGAAACCCGACAAUUCUGAAUUUGCCCUUACAGUUAAACUGGAUGGCAAUUAUGACAGAAUAGAAUAGUUGCAUGGCAGUGAAGUGUGCAGCAAUCUAAUUUAGCUUAUUCACAGGCCUAAGCCUAGACAGAAAGUCCAGUCAGCUGUUGUGAGCUUCACAAAUGAACUAGUCAAAUGAACCUGAAGAGAUAUGCAGCAACGAAGGAAAAUGAAUUGUAAUCUGCAUUUGCUCAGGAGCCAAAGUGCUGGUUACUUUCUGAUGUGGUAAAUGUUCAGGUAAACAUUUGGAUCGGGCCAGCAACAUGUAUUUUCUCAGUCAGGACUAACUCUGGUGUUUACUGGUUUGGCUUCAUAAACAGAACAUAAGUAUAACCAAAUAAAAUAGCCAUGGCAUACAGACUGACCACCUUAAAAAGUAAAGUGUGAAUUGGUUCUAUUAUAAAUUGAACAAGCUUAUAUUUAACUCAGUUUCACUGCAAUAUUUCACUCAAAUGGAAAUUUGAGAUGAAUGUGGACGUUCCGGCUUUGGUAAAGCAUUUGAGGAAUUUUGAGAAAAGAUAAAAGGGUACAUUCAACAACAAAAAAUCACAUAAACACACAAAAUGCAGUAUCAUCACCAUUGUCAUAAAUUCACCUUGUCUAAAUAAAUAAAUUCACCAUGUCACAAACAAACAAAGUUUCACUUCUACACUUAGGAGCAGCAAAAACAUUUGUGAGAAGCCUAAAUAUUUAUUAUAAAAAGUUUCCACAUUAAUGUAUUGCCACAAGAGAAAAAAUUCCAAACUCAAUGGAAAAGGGACUUUGAAUUUCAAUUGCAAAAGGGACUGGUGCUGUUCAGUUAAGUUACUCUCCCUAAGCCUAGGAGAGAUACAAUAUGAAGCAAUGCUUCCGUGUUCAACUGCUUGACAAAUCAAUCACAAUUUUUAAGUGGUGGCAAAGGAUGAUCUCCAGGACAGAUGUUUUUCACAUCUGGUGGAAUGGUCAAUUUACAAAUAUCCAAUAGAUACAAAUAUUGGGAACUCAUUCACAAACUGCGAACUGUAUUGUUCGCCCCACCCUGAACAGAAGCAAAAUUCCAGGGGUCUCGGGACCUAGCCAGGAUUUGUGUUCCUUUGGUAUGAAGCACAGCAGAAAUAUGGCUUAUUUACACAUAUUUACAACUGAGUUUUAUGGAAGGAGUGCAGAACAUUAGACCCCAAGAGUGUCGCUUGUUGUUCCAUGCUCCUCAGUCUGUCUGUGCAGCCUCUUGCAGUCAGCGAGGAGUUCUUCGCCUCCUUUCUUCUUACCCAAAACCCUUGCUCCAAACUCAACUCAAUCCUUGUGUAAAAAGGUCAUCACAUCCACUAUAACCCUGUCAACUGCCCCCUUCCAGCUUUGCUAUUGUCUUUUGCUAACUAACACACAGCCAGGGAAGGAACACCACCCACUUUCUUGUCUGACACCAAAUGUGCCACCUUUUGUUGGGGUAAUGAUCCUGCUAUCACCUGUCUUUGUUUUUUGAUGGUACCUUUGUUAGCCAAUCUCCUGAACAGGACAACUGGCUCAGCCUAUAUUUUUAUACAGUACUGCAUCCGGCAACAGGUGGCGCUGUGGGUUAAAUCACGGUGUCUAGGGCUUGCUGAUCAGAAGGUCGGCAGUUCGAAUCCCUGCAACGGGGUGAGCUCCCGUUGCUCGGUCCCAGCUCCUGCCCACCUAGCAGUUCGAAAGCACAU